AUGUUCUUCUGCAUAGCGCCCAAGAAAGCACAGAAAAUGUCCCUGAACGAGUUUCUGGGUGAUAGCACCUUAGGCUCGUGGGCCGACGAAAUGGAUGCUAUCCCAACAGCCCCCAGAGCUGAUGGCGACAUGGGACGCCCUUCUGAUCGAAGGAGGGAUGACUUUAUGUCUUCCCGCUCCGAUCGCGGUCCUCUGCCUCCACGUGAAGACCUUCCAUUGCCCACUGAACCUCCGUUCACGGCUUUCAUCGGGAAUUUGGCCUUCGAUUUGACCGAGACUGAACUAGAGGACUUCUUCAAUGCGGCAACCAUCAAAUCCGUGAAAAUCAUCCGAGACAGAGAUGACAAGCCCAAAGGCUUCGGAUACAUCGAAUUCACUGAUCUGGAUAGCCUGAAAGAAGCUCUGAACAAGACCAACUCUAACCUCGCUGGACGUGCGAUCCGUGUGAGUGUAGCCGAGCCUCCCAAAGAACGGUCCGGGUUUGGCGGUAGUGGCUUCGAUGAUGACGCAAAGUUCGCCGGAAAUUGGAGGCGAGAUGGCCCGCUCCCUGAUCUUCCUGCUCGCGAUGCACCUCGGAGACGAUUCGAGGGAUCUCCUUCCGUGCGCGAACCUGCUUUGCCCUCUGUGUCCGAUUCGGCUUCCGACUGGCGUUCAGCUACUCGAGGUCCAGCCCGUCAGUCGACUGCUGAUUCGGACGUGGUCGCACCGUCCUUCAAGCGCCGCUCCACCUUCCGAGAGGAUGGCCCUCCGGGUGCGCCCUCUGCAGCCGAUACGGCUGAAUCAUGGGCGAGAGGCAGUAAGUUCCAGCCUAGUGAAGGUCCUGGAAACCGUUUGGGGGGAGCGCGUAGUCGUGGGGAUAUGGGGCCUCCUCGGGAUGCCCCUAGCCCACCAGAAGAGAGCGACUGGCGCAGGCCCCGAGCUAUCUCGCGAAAUAGCACAUCGCCGAGCAAUUCUACGCCUCCGACGCCGCAGAUGAAUCGUCGCAAACUCGAACUGUUGCCUCGUUCGAGCGGCACUUCCACCACCCCCUCUCCUUUAGCAUCGCCUAAUCCCGCCGUAACCUCGAGUACACCGCGUUCGAACCCCUUUGGUGCUGCCAAACCGGUAGAUGUUUCAGCGAAGGAAAGCGCCGUCGCCGAGCGGCUAGAAAAGGAUCGUGAAACGACCAAAGAGCGCGUCGCGCAUACCAUGUCACGAACAUCUUCGCGGACUGCCUCCCAGCGCGAUCAGUUCGGGUCGCGGAACACAUCUUCGACACCUGUUGGUAGCCCAGUAUCCCCUACCACUGAUAGCCAAAGCGGGUACAAGAGCCCCUCCGCGGCUGCCAACGUACGACCGUCCUUCAGCUUUGCGAACGCUGCCGCUGCCGCGCAGAAAGGGUCCUCGGGAGAGGACGACGAUGUGGAUAAUGUUGCCGAGAGAAUUGACGAAGUCCAGAUCUAG